UGUGAUCCUUAACUCGCUACCCAAUUCAUAUCAUCAGUUCGUAAUGAACUAUAACAUGAAUGGGUGGGAAAGAACGAUCCCAGAGUUGCAUCAGAUGCUAAAAACUGCUAAGACAAACAUCCCAACGAAGGGCAAUCCAGUGCUGGCGAUCAGGGAAGGAAGAAUUACCAAGAAGAAGCAAUCCAAGGGAAAAGGCAAGGCGAGUAAGCAAGACAAGGGCAAAGGCAAAAAGGUUGCCACUCCAAAGGCAAAGCCUCAUAAAGAUGCCAAGUGUUUUCACUGUGAUGAGAUCGGGCAUUGGAAGAGGAAUUGUCCCAAGUACUUGGCUGAGUUGAAGCUUAAGAAGCUGCAGAUUGGAGAAUCCUCAGGGACUAAAAAGGAUUAGGAAGCUGAAGCAGGGUGACUUAGAGCUGCACGUUGGGAACGGGCAGAAUGUUGCUGUGAAGGCAGUUGGAGAAUUUAUUCUUGAAUUACCUUCUGGAUUGUUUAUUACUUUAGACAAUGUUUUUUAUGUUCCUAGUUUGACUAAGAAUAUUAUUUCUGU